AGUUAGAUGCUCUCGUUGACAUUGGUGUCGCCAUUCUCAAAAACCCUGAUCUCAUGAAAUUACUCCUUCAAUUACUUCCCCAAAUUCAUUCAUAGGGAAAAGAUGCUAUGUUCUGGUCGAAUUCUAUCCAUCUCUCACUCCACCGCGCCGUUUGAUUCAUCGGGAUCGAGGCGGUUCCUCCACAGAAAGCUCCAACCCAUCGUGAAAUGGCCGUCCAAGGCGUCGGACGCAGGCUCCUCCUCAUUUUCCGCAUCCGAUGAUAAGACUUCCGUUCCGUUUUGCAUAAUAGAAGGACCCGAGACGGUUCAGGAUUUCGCGAAAAUGGAAUUACAGGAGAUUCAGGAUAAUAUUCGAGGUCGGAGAAAUAAGAUAUUUUUGCUAAUGGAAGAGGUUCGUCGGCUUAGAAUACAGCAAAGGAUUAAAAACACCGAGCUUGGGAUUGUAAAAGAAGAGCAAGAAAAUGAGCUUCCAAACUUCCCAUCUUUCAUUCCGUUUUUACCUCCUUUGAACUCCACAAACCUUAAGCAGUACUAUGCUACUUGCUUUUCUCUUAUAGCGGGGUUCAUGCUUUUUGGUGGACUUCUAGCACCCACUCUGGAGCUAAAACUUGGAAUUGGAGGGACUUCAUACAGUGAUUUUAUCAGUAGUAUGCAUCUUCCAAUGCAGUUGAGUGAAGUUGAUCCCAUUGUGGCUUCUUUCUCGGGUGGAGCAGUUGGAGUAAUAUCUGCUUUGAUGGUGGUGGAGAUAAACAAUGUAAAGCUGCAGGAGCAUAAGAGAUGCAAGUACUGUCUCGGCACAGGAUAUCUUGCAUGUGCUCGUUGUUCAAGUACUGGCUCUCUUGUUCUUAUUGAACCAGUCUCAACGUAUAAUGGUGGGGAUCAGCCAUUGUCACCACCUAAGACAGAGAGGUGCUCCAAUUGUUUGGGGGCAGGAAAGGUCAUGUGCCCUACCUGUCUAUGCACAGGGAUGGCUAUGGCGAGUGAGCAUGAUCCAAGGAUUGACCCCUUCGACUGAUUUUCUUGGCGGUAUGACUGCUAAAUUGUGAAUCUUUUCAUCCACCACAGUUUACCACAUUUGAUCCUAACGUUGUCUGAGAUAUAUCUAUCAUUGAGUUAGGUGAGAGUCACAACCUGCAUAGACUCUUUGGACUCAGUUGUAAAAUAUUGAACAAUCUCUCGCAUGAAUUGAAAGAUUAAAAUCCUACCUUGUGAGUUUGACUACAAAAUUUAGAUACAAGCGUAAUGACUAUACAUGUAUGGUUGUUGCAACCGGAAACACAUUAUAACUCGUUGUAUGUUUUGUACCUUUAUACCUAAUGUUCUGUUGUUUUUAACUUUAAA